ACUUGUUGUCAUUUGUACUUUGUGUCAGCUGCCUUGUAGAUCCACAAGGAAAUUUGUUUCAAUGCUCUGGGAUACCUGUAGCACAGAGUGAAAAAUGGACAAAAAACUGAGUCUGAGUCUGUUCCUGAUGCUGCUUCUCUGUUGCAACACAGACUCACAUACCUCUUGUCCAUACAAAUGCCAGUGUUUCACUCCUGCCCAAGUACUGUGUGCUGAUGGAGGGAUCUCAUCUUUACCCAAGAACACGUCCAAGCAGGUCAAGGACUUUAUUGUAAUGUCAUCAUCCCUUGGGUACCUAUUUGAACACACUUUAGAGGAGAGCCCACAACUUACCAAGCUUAUCUUAAUAAAUAAUGCACUACGAAGUAUUCAUUCUCGGUCUUUUGAGCAUUUGGCUGAGCUGCAGGAGCUGGAAAUCAGUGGGAACCCUGGGCUGGAAAAUUUAUUUAUGGGGACUUUUGCAAAACAGGAAAACUUGACUAAACUGAUACUUAACUUCAACAGAUUUAGGACUGUGCUUCCUAGCACAUUUGACUCACUGAAAAAGCUAGAAACUCUACAGAUGAAGGGCAACAUUAUAUCAGAUCUGCCUCCAUUUCUUUUCCUGAACCUGCACAAUCUGCGUGCUCUAGAUUUGUCCCUAAAUAAGCUUGAAGAACUGAAAAGGGAAACUUUUUCUGGUAUAGAAAGACUGGAGACCCUGAAAAUGAACAACAACCUCAUCAGCAAUCUUACAUCUGACACAUUCCACAACAUUUCUCAACUGACAGAGCUUCACUUGGAGGGGAAUAAGAUCUCAGAGCUUGCUGACAACAUUUUCUUUGCGUUAACCAAACUGAAGGUGCUGAAUCUCCGUGGAAACCAUCUUACAAUCUUCAGUGAUAAAGUGUUUGGAUUCAAAGGCUCAAAUUUGACGAAGUUGAACCUGAAAGGCAACAGACUGACUGAGCUGUCCUCUCUUUGUAGUUUGACAUCCCUUACCGACCUUAUCUUGUCCUCUAACCAGCUCUCAAACCUUCCGGAAGACAUUUUUAGAAAUGUUACAGUCCUGGAGUAUCUGGACCUGUCUGAAAACCAGCUCAUCUCACUACCUGAAAUGAUAUUUCGGGAUCUAUUUAGCCUCACGGUAAUCCACCUAAACAACAAUAACCUGAGGAAAGUGGAUGCCAAACUGUUUGAGGACCAGGUGCUCAUUCAGCAGCUCUACCUGUCUAACAACCAGCUAGAAACUCUCCCAUUGGGCCUUUUAGACUCUUUUGCCACCCAGUGCACAGUGAGACUGAAUGGAAACCCCUGGAAAUGUGACUGCCACAUGUGGUAUCUGUAUGACUGGGUGAUGAGAUACAGCCAAGACAUAGAGAUGCUCGACAGGAUGCUUUGUGAGAGCCCUGCCUUUCUGAGGGGGAAGCCAGUCGUCUCCAUCGACAGGGACCAGCUGGAGUGUUGGCUGUCCAAAGAUGUGAUGCCUCAUCUCAGCCGCUGUAGCCAAGAAGCUUCCAAUGACACAGUGAUCAUCAAGUGUAAAGUGGAUAAAUGCGCUCCACUGACUGUGAGGGUACAGUUUCAGGAGGAUGACGGCAGUAUUAAGGAGCAUAUUUUGAACCAUGAGCCUGAAGAUUCUUAUUGUAACAAUAAGGCAGUUAGCACGAGUGAGUAGAUUAGAGAUAUGAGAUUAGACUUUGCUCACUGUGCAAAUACUGUAUGUCAUGAUGCAUUUGGUCUUUCUUUAUACAAAGAGUCACAUUAUACGUUCUGUUGGUCAAUACUGUAAACAAACCUCUAACUCAACAGCUGAUAACCAGUUUGCAUGCAUGCUGCUGAACGAUAAGAGAGGUUGAUGAACCCUAUUUCAUGUGAAGUUCAAAGUUCAAUCCACUACUUUUUAAGAUCUUGUCACUGCAGGAACAGGAACUAUGAAUAACAGUAACAUGUUCAUCUGUGUUGUUUCUACAGUAGAUGGUUCCCUUCUUGAUAUACACUGCUGGUGGUUUAAGUCAUAGGUUGAAAAUGUUGUGAACAACAAUCAUCAGGAAAAGUGUAGAACACUAUAUGUAUUAGUUUUCACAAAGUGUAAGAGCUGUCCGUGUAAAAAGUCAAUAAAAAGUCAGGUUUGCUUCUUCAAAUAAUUCGUUUGAAGUCAAACAUUUACAACCAUUUUUCCUCAGGGCAGUGGUGGAAGAAGUAUUCAGUAUUCAUAUCCUUCACUUAAGUAAAGGUUUCCAAACUGCUAAAAAUAAAAUAGGUAAUUUCCUGUAUUUAAAAUGUUAUCAGCCAUAUUUACUUAUUAGAACUAGAACUAUAUAGAAUAGCUAGUCUUAUUAUAUUAAUUAAGUGGAUUAUUAUUACUGGUGCAUUCAUGUUUAUGCAGCAUUUUAAUGUUGUAGUCAAGCAGAAGCUAAUUCUGACUAUUUUAUAUACUGUUGGAUACUUUAACCUAUAGCUCAUCAUCGCUUCUGUCCGUAAAAUCAUAAUCUACAAUAUAACCAGUUCAUAGAUAUAUAGUGCAUAAAAACAGGUGUGCUGGAGUGAAAGUAAAUGGAAAUACAACUACCUCAAAAUUGUACUAUAGUUUUUUAGUAGACUUCCAU